AUGGAGUCUGACAUGGUGGCCCAGCUGUGGGGGAUGGCCAGGAAGAACAAUAACAUGAAUUACGAGAAGAUGUCGAGGGGAAUGAGGACUUAUUACAAGCGCGGGAUUUUGUUCCACAUUGACGGGACGAAACUGAUCUACAAGUUCAACACGAAUGAACCUGAAAUUCAGCAACGCAUGCGGUACUACGACCUCACCCAGACCUCCCAGAGUAACUCCGACUCCACGUCUGAACAGGCCUUUGAGACCCUAAAAAUCCCCACUAGGAGAGCUGUCACCCCCUCCAUAACCCCAGUCUCAUUAACACGAGACCUCGAUUCGAAUUCCAGCCUGUUGUCACCCAGCCUGUCGACGUUCCCGAGCCUGCAGUCCCUUCCAAACCUACCCACCUUACCAGUGGCCGUCACGUCAGCCGCCUCAUCCAUCGACAACCUCUACAGCCCCUUCCUUCGGGACCAGCUGCACCCCAGCCUUCUCUAUGAGCCCUACAUGUCCUUAUUCAGGGCUUCUCAAAGGGAACUCUUCUAG